AGUAGUAUCAGUUUAUGUGUAUGUGAGACGCGUGUAUGUACAUGUGGACCUUCCAGUAGGAUUGAUACACAAAUCAUAUUUAAUAAUGUCUUUAACGAACUUAUUACCUGCCCCCACCCAAGUGGUGUGGGACAGGGAGGACGAGGCUCGCGAACAAAAACUACGCCAAAGACCGGUUUCAGCGCUGGUCAAAGCUGUUGUUACUGCACCACCUUAUGGACAGCGACGAGGAUGGGUGCCACGCAAUCCAGAAGACUUUGGAGAUGGAGGAGCUUUCCCCGAGAUUCACGUUGCACAGUAUCCGCUUGGAAUGGGGAUGAAGGGUAAAGAAUCUACAAGCAAUGCCUUGGCGAUACAACUUGAUGCUCAGGGAAAAGUAAAAUAUGAUCUUAUAGCAAGACAGGGUCAUAGCAAGGAUAAAAUUGUCUAUAGCAAGUUGAGUGAUUUGCUACCGUCAGAAAUUACAAAUGAGGAAGAUCCCACCUUGCAACGACCUUUUGAAGAUGAAAUUGAUGAACUCACAGAUAAGACGAAAAAAGCGUUAGAAAAGAUAACAAGAUCAAAAAUUGCAGCAGCCAUGCCUGUGAGAUGCGCAGAGAAACAAGCUCCAGCUCAGUAUAUACGUUAUACACCGUCGCAGCAAGGACAGUCAUUUAAUUCAGGUGCAAAGCAGAGGGUCAUCAGAAUGGUGGAGGCACAAGUAGAUCCUUUGGAACCACCAAAAUUCAAGAUUAAUAAAAAGAUUCCGCGAGGACCUCCAUCUCCUCCAGCGCCGGUCAUGCAUUCCCCUACGAGAAAAGUGACGGUGAAGGAACAAAAAGAAUGGAAAAUUCCACCGUGCAUAAGUAACUGGAAAAAUGCAAAGGGUUACACAAUUCCAUUAGACAAACGUCUUGCUGCAGACGGUCGGGGCUUGCAACAAGUUCACAUCAAUGAGAACUUUGCCAAGCUAGCAGAAGCUCUUUACAUCGCUGACAGAAAAGCUCGUCAAGCUGUCGAAAUGCGAGCGCAAUUAGAAAAGAAAUUGGCUCAGAAGGAGAAAGAGAAGAAGGAAGAUCAUUUGAGACAACUCGCGCAAAAAGCUCGAGAAGAGCGCGCCGGUUUGAAAUCUGCCGCAACAUUAGAUAAAUCUGAAGAAUCACGUGAGAGAGAUCAACUCAGACAAGAACGGCACAAAGAUCGCGCUCGCGAACGUAAUUUGGCUCGCGCCGCUCCCGAUAAACGCUCUCGUUUGCAACGCGAACGCGAGCGCGACAUUAGCGAGCAAAUCGCUCUUGGUUUACCUGCAAAAAGCAUUCCUAGUACGGGAGAAGCGCAGUUCGAUCAACGUCUCUUUAAUACCAGCAAAGGGAUGGACAGCGGUUACGGACACGACGACGAGUACAAUGUUUACGACAAGCCGUGGAAAGAUGGCAAUUCUAUUGCUUCGCACAUUUAUCGUCCUAGCAAGAAUAUUGAUAAAGAUACGUAUGGAGACGAUUUGGAGAAAUUGGUUAAAACAAAUAGAUUUGUUCCUGAUAAGGAAUUUAGUGGAGUCGAUAGAUCAGUUACGCGAUCGGGACCAGUACAGUUCGAGAAAGAUGAAGAAGAUCCUUUCGGUCUGGAUCAAUUCUUAAAACAGGCUAAGCGCGCCAGUAGUUCAACUACGGCAACAACAAAGCGCAAAGACGAACGGGAACAACGUAGAGACGACCGUGAUAAACGUAGAAAGCAUUAAGUAUGUUUAAAAUGCUUUCAUAUAUCAGGCGAGAUAUUCUUAAAAGUUUAUUCUAUGUUAUGGCAAAAAUAAAACGUAAGAUGCAACACUUAUUUUUAUAUACAUAAAUAAAAAGAGAGACGUGAUAUCUUUUAAAUAG